UUGGGGGGUUGUAGGGGGAAGAAAUUUGGCGUGACAGCACCUGAAAGUAUCUAAAUAUGACCGCACACCGGAAGCUAUUAGUAGACUUCCGGCACUCUGCUAAUAUGCUACCAGUAAAGAACCACGGCAUGGAAAUAAACUGGAGUCGCUGCAGACAGCCCGAGAGCUUCAAAUUGAGAACGCGCUGCGGAAACAGCGAGAGCUUCAAACUGAGAUCGCAGAACUCAAGAAAAAACUUGGAAAAGGCGAACCGCCGCCCCCUCAAGUUCCCGGGGAGAGAAAGGAAGAUGGUGGUGAAGGUACUAGACAGGAUCUGGAGGCUAAAAUACUGGACAGCAGCAAAUAGACCUAUCUCCAUCUUACCAAGGACUCUCUCCGAGCUCCGAUGGAGUCUAUCGAGGAGACUAGCGAAGCUGAAAAGGAACGUUACAAAUUCCUCAAGGAACGUUUCGAAGCUGAGAUGUGCAAGCUGGAUUUUAAAUGUAAGGAACGUAGAUUUAGGACUAUCAACGUGUCUUGGAACAAUUGGAGCCACGCCAACGGCAGGUGGUGGAGGCCAAAAAGGUCCUGGGCCGACUCGGGGGGGGUCCGUCACGACCAGCCAGCCGUCAGAACCCUCCCACCAGUCCAGGAGACGCGCCACGCCACCAAAGGCCUCGCCCACUCCGUUACCCUGUCCCUGAAGACAUGCUUCACUGCCACCGGCACACUGUCGGGCACGCAGACCCCCGAGUAGACGAUGCCGAGCACGGAGUUCAGCCGGUACACGUUGUGGAACGUCUCCUCUUUGGCUGCUUGCUGCAGUCUAGCCGGCGUGGAGCCGCGCUGUGAGAGCAGCAUAACGCCCGGCGUUUUCUUCCAGAAAGAAGCAAAAACGAGAGCACCAAGAAGAACGCCGUGCGUGUGUAGGAUCAGGAUGUGUACAAGCGUGGCAGUUAUUGAAUUCAUUGUAAUACCAGUAAAGAACCACAUCAUCCAAUCCAGCCUGUGUGUGUUCUUGGCGGGAC